AUGAGAAAACAUACAGAGGACUAUAAUUAUUCAUGUGAUACCUGUAAUAAAAAAUUUAAAAUUAAAUCAGAUUUAACAAAUCAUAUUAGAUUUAGUCAUCGAGAGCAUCCACUCUUGUGUGAUGUUUGUGGGAAAACAUGUCUCAACAGUAAUUCCCUUUAUGUCCAUCAGAAAUUCGCUCACUACAAAGCCAAGUUUGAGUGUAAAAUUUGCAAGAGACGUAUGGUAAGUCAAGAAAAUCUGAAUGAGCACAUGUUACGUCAGCAUGAGAAACGACAAAAUUUCAUAUGUGACGAAUGUGGCAAAACAUUUUCUCGGAAUAACAGGCUGACGAUGCAUAUGAGAAUUCAUACUGGUGAUAAACCUUAUACGUGUACAAUUUGCAAUAAGUCUUUUGCAAGAAACGCUAGCUUGAAGCAGCAUCUUCUGAUUCAUACUGGAAUCAGGCCAUAUGUCUGUGAUAUAUGUGGAAAAGCUUUCGCUCAAAAGCCCGGAUUAAUCACUCAUCGAAAGUGCCAUCCUGGGAAUCAUCCACCACUGCCUCGGGUUAUCAUCGAUCCAAUACUGAACGAUGUUAUGAAUAAUUAA